AUGAAAUUCUUCACGAUUCUCCUGCUCACUGCUGCCACCAUAGUUGCCCUAACUUUGGCGGAAACUGCGCAAACCCGCGCACAAAAUUUCGUGACCGCUGUGCAAAAAGCGUGCGAAAAGACGACGUUGAUUUGCCUCAAACCAUUCUUGAACAAGGAUUUCAAGUACAUCAACGCUACCGCCACGUUGAAUAAAGGUACGGUAGAUUUUGGCGGCAAAAUGGCCACGAUGUGAUUUGUUACAGAAGAAUACGUCAAAUUCCUCAAAACCCAAACAAAAACUGAUUUGAGCGGCUUUAACUUCAAAGUCAAACAAGCUUCCGAUGCUUCUGGAGCUCAGGUCAAACUUCCAAUCAACGCCGCCGGAAAAUUGCUUUUGAACUUGUUUUUGGUGGCUGACGCAAAAGUUGAUGGGGGAGAAGCUGUGAUUUUGAUUGAUAAGAAGAAUAUUUGA